GAUCUUUGCCAGCCAUAACGCGCUUUGGAGCUAGAUUGAAUUUGCUACAUUCAACUACUGAAUCACCCACCACCACGACCAUCUCAACUAAUCCAAUCACUACACAAAAUCCACAUUCGACAGUUGCCUGGCAUGCUUUUGGAGGACCAGCGGUAUGUCCAAGAGGACUUGGAACGUCUGGAACAGGGCAUAACUGAUCGCAUGAGCCAUGAGCCGACCUUUAUACGAGACCGCUUAAAUCGCGACCAUGAAGUUGCGCAGCUCCUCGAACAGAUACAAAAACAAUCUUCUGAGCUCAUAUCCAUGUAUGAGGAUGUCAAUGGCCUACGGUCAAAAGAGAUUCAAGCCAUUGGCUCGGGAGACCCAUUCGACGAAUUUUACAAGCAGGUUGAAGAAAUCAAGGAACAUCACGCCAAGUACCCUACCGAACAAGCAGAGAACCCCGAACUGAGGUACCGACCUGGACGAGAUGGACCCGAUCCGGCACAGCCGUACAUGGUCGAUAUGAUAUUCUCGGGAGAGGAGGCCUUUGGAAAAUUCUUCGACCUUUUGGCCGCCCACGAAGCCUACAUAAACCUUCCCAACGUCAAGCAUCGGUCCUAUCUGCAAUACCUCGAAGUGUUUGACGACUUCGCUCCGGGGGCGGGAGGUGUUAAGCGUGCGGAUAAGCUGACGGAUCAGUACUUCAAGUACGUGGGAGAUUUGGCAGAGUACCUCGAGUCUUUCAUGCGGAGAGCGAGGCCACUUGAGAAUCUGGACAAACUCUUUGCCACGUUCGCAGCAGACUUUGAGAAGCUCUGGGAGAAGGACGAGGUACCGCAUUGGGGAGCGGAAAAACCAGAAGCCAAUGGAUCCGCACCACAUGCUACCAGCACAGCAGAGGCAGUAUGGUGCGACGCUUGCGAAAAGGAGUUCAAGAAUGAGAAUGUAUACAAGAAUCAUCUCACUGGUCGGAAACACAUCAAGGCUGCUGAGCAGAAGGCUAAGAGGACAGAGGAGAACGACGACGCCUCUGAAGCAGCCAGCACUGACGCCCCCACCAAGGGCAAGAAGGAAUCGGCCAUCCGAUUGAAGGAACGUGCAGUAGCGGAACGAGAAUAUCGAGUAACGCGGUUAACAGAGGCGAUGAAGACUGAGCGAGACGAGACCAAGGUCAACGUGGAGCGCAGGCAAGGCAUGACGGAACGAGAGCGACAGCAAGAGCUGGAGAACCUUUACAACAUAAUGGGAAGUGCCAUAACCACUUAUGGUGCCGGUGGGGCCAAUGGGCACCAGGGUGGCGAGGGCGACGAGGAUGAGGGCGAAGACGGAGAGGAAAAGAUUUACAACCCAUUGAAGCUGCCACUAGCUUGGGAUGGUAAACCGAUCCCGUUCUGGCUGUACCGACUUCACGGCUUGGGCGUUGAGUUCCCCUGCGAGAUCUGUGGCAAUUUCGUCUACAUGGGUAGGCGGGCAUACGAGAAGCACUUUAACGAGGCACGGCACAUCUAUGGUCUCAAGUGCCUCGGUAUCUCCAACACUUCGCUUUUCCGCGACAUCAUCAGCAUCGAGGAGGCACUCAAGCUAUGGGAUAAGAUACAGCGCGACCGCAAGCGUAAUAUGGGCGACGAUGGUAGCGUUGUACAGAUGGAGGAUGCCGAGGGCAACGUGAUGCCGGAGAAGGUGUACUAUGAUCUUCAGAAGCAGGGACUAUUGUAAACCGGUGCAUAUAGUGGCGAAGGGGUCAUGGAUAUAAAUAGGAUAAGAUCUGCAAGAUAUAGCCAGUGGCGGAUGUUCCCGAAGCUUUCCUGGUCUUUCUCAGGACGCGACAAGGCGACUCUUUUCUGCUUGGAUGUUAUGUUGGCAAAUCUCGCGUUGUGCCGUUUUUAGUGUUUUAGUCGGAGAAAAGGGGAAAACCGGAUCCAGGGCCGGUGGCUGACUGUUAAAAGAACCAAUAUACAGCAGUUGCCGGCUUUCCCGGCUGUCAAUGCGAGUGUUGGUCCGUGAAGAAACAAAACAAAAAGAAAGAGGAAAACAGCAGCAGCUGGAGGGAGGUUGGGCGUCAAUUCCAGGAUUCCUUUGCUUUCAACACUGCCAAAAAUGAAGGAACCCACAAUUGUUUAUGCAUG